UAUAUAUUUAAUGCAAUUGCAAUGUAAGGAAAGAAAGUAGGCCUCAGUUGUGUGUGUUAUGUAGCUGCGAGUGGCAUUCUAUUUUGCAUAAAUAUUCUGCGCCAAAUUACGCUCAAACGCACUCUCAUCUCUUGUUUCGAAACGAAGCCACCUUUUUUGUUUCUCUUCAAAGGCUUUUGGGGACUGAAAAAGGUUGAUAUAGAAGCCAUGGUUCUUGACUCCAUUCUGUCUUCUCCUCGAAUGAGGUCUCCAUCUUUCAGGAGGCAGUUUACAAAGGAUGAACUGGGUAAUUGGUCCACACUUGUCCAGAGGCAUCGCUUCCUCUUAUCUGCUCUUGUUCUCCUAGCCCUCCUCUGCACUGUUUAUCUUUACUUUGCUGUCACUUUAGGAGCCAGUGGCUCCUGUUCUGGGUUAACUGGAGCACAGAAAGCUUCAUGCCACAUGGAGCUUGUUAAGGAUUCUGUGGCCAAGGGCAAACUGAAAAUUCUUUAAUAUUUCAAAAUAUAAUUAUAAUGGAAUUUGUUUUUCUUCUUUUUAUUUUGCCCGAGAAUAGGCGAUAUGAAAUCGAAAUAUAGUCUCCGGCUGCAGUAUUAGUGUGAUAUGUAUACAUACUGGUUAUCUCAGUAUUUGUGAGCCAAAAUGUACAAUACAUGUAGAAAGCAAUUUCUUAGAUACAUUAUGUUAAUUUUGGUGAUUGCGUACUUGUUGACAUAAAUUU